AUGGAUUUCAAUGGAUUCUGUGAUGAAGCCAUGCGUCCACCACCAUUAGAGCUCAGCAAGCGGACUACAACACGUAAGAAGUCUCAGAAGUUCACAUUGAAGUUUCCUUUAGUGGAUAUUGAAGCCGCUCACGAAGAAAGCGAAGGAAAGGAGUUCAACAAAAAGGAGUCUGAGAAGGAGAAGAUCGCAGACUGGAAAUCGGUGGCGAUAAGCUCUCUUACCAUUCUCGCCGUCAUCGGUCUACAGAAACUUUUCAGUGCUCUUCGGCCGUCUGUGUCUCCCGCCGAAAUCGCCGGGAAAUACUGUGUCUCCGCCGAAAUCGCCGGGAAAUACUGUGUCUCCGCCGGAAUCGUCGGAAAAUACUGUGCCGCCUCAGUAAAAGUCUUAAUCGACUUCUCUUCUUUUCUUUUUCUCGAUCAUGUCUUCUUCUCUUCUCUUCUUCGUUUCUCUUCUUCUUCUCUUCUCUUCUUCUUCUCUUCUCUUCGUCAACGGACAGACCACAACGGCUUGUAUUCUUCGCCAGAUAAACCCGUGGAUUUUCAGGACUAUGCUUCUCUCUCUCAGUCGAUUGCUGAGCUCAGGCAUUAUGCUCCCGGUGUUCCCAUUAUCUUCGUUAGAACAAAACUUGACCUUCGAGAUGACAAGCGAUUCUUCACCAUGCUCAAGCUUCGUGCUAAACUGGCAUGCGCUCAGUCAAAAUCUGACUCGGAGAAGCUUGUAGCGGAUCUGACUAACCGAGUGGAGUUACUGCUUCAGGAAAUCCUCACUUUGCUCCAGAGAGCUGGUGAAAUAAACAAAAGUCUUCUUACAUUAGGGCGAGUGAUCAGUGCUCUGGUAGAAAAUCUUGGACACAUUCCUUCCAGGGAUAGUAAGCUAGGUGAUUCACUUGGUGGGAGAACAAAGACAUGUAUCAUUGCAACACUUUCACCUGCUGUUCACUGUCUCGAGGAGACCUUAAGUGCUCUAGAUUACGCACACAGGGCAAAGCAUAUUAGGAGCAAACCAGAGCUUAACCAGAAAAUGAUGACAUCUGCUUUGAUAAAGGACCUUUAUGGUGAAAUAGAACGACUUAAGGCGGAGGUCUAUGCUUCCCGUGAGAAAAAUUGUGUUUAUAUGCCAAAAGAGAGAUACUAUCAAAAAAAGGCAAUGGCUGAGCAGAUUGAACAGAUGGGUGGUCAAACAGAGAAUUAUCAAAAGCUACUUGAGGAGAUGCAAGGCAAGUACACGGGCCAAGCUCGGGACUGCUCUGAUCUGACUAACAGGCUUGAUGUCACCGAGAAAAAGCUGAGCCAAACGAGCAAGAUGCUUGCUUCCACCAACGAGGAACUGAAGAAAUCUCAAUAUGCCAUGAAGGAGAAAGAUUUCAUUACUUCAGAGCAGAAAAAAGCUGGGAGAGAGGACAAGCUCAGUGCGGAUAACAGAAAAGUGGUGGACAAUUAUCAAGUAGAACUUUUUUCUGAACAUUUCUCCAAUAUGUUCAGUAAGGUUGCUUCAUGUCUGUCCCAGCAAAAUGCACACCUUCAGGGUGUUAACAAACUGUCCCAAUCUCGUUUAGAAGCGCACAACAAGGCCAUUCUGGUUCGAGCUUCAAGGGAUAUAUUUACUUCUCACUUGGAGGCAGUGCAGAAUGUAGUCCGCUUGCACAAGCCAAACUCGAGUGCUUGCCUCGAGGAAUUUCUUGCUUCCGGGGAUGGGACAACACCGUCGUUAUGUGAUGAACUUCAGAAUGCUCUUGCUUCAGGAGAAAUGGCUCUCUUUGCCGGGGAAUUGAGACUGGUGGAUUCAAGACUCCACAGCUUUAAAGAUGCCGUCUCUUCCAACGAAACGUUCUCGGAUGAACACGUCUCUGUCGUACAUAAUCUGACUGAUGACGCAAAGAGAAAGUGGGAGACAGUUUCCAUGCAAGCUGAGAAUGACGCCAGAGAAGGUGCUGAUUUCUCGGCUGCAAAACACUGUCGAAUGGAGUUGCUGCUUCAGCAAUCUGUGGGUCAUGCGGAGUUAGCUUUCAAACACUGCAACUUAACUCAUGAAUCUCUCAACAGCAAGCAAGUCGCAGAUGUGUCUUUACUCGUUAACUCUGCUUGUGAUAACGACCAGCACGAUACAUGGUAAGUUGUUCCUCACAGCAUAGUAAAGUAACAUUACUUACUCUCUUCACUCUUUAAAGAAACUUAUCCCAAGCUCUCUCUCAUUUACGGGCCUGCGAAAAGUUUGUAACCUCUGCUUUACCCUUGUUGGGUUUCAAAUAUUAUAAAGACGACAAAAAAAAAAAAUAUAUAUAUAUACUGUUACAAAUUACCCAUCCACCAGAUGCCUCUUCUUUCUUUUGACUUGUACAACAUUUUUUAGUUUAUCAAUACAAAUUAAGGCAUACAUACGUUAAAAAAGUUUAUUUAUAUUACCUACAAAUUACAAUUGUUUUUGUUUUUGUGUGCAUUUGCAUUUGUAUCAAGUAUGAUAAAUCAACUUUAAUAUGAAGCAAAAUAAGUUUACAAAUUGAGAUCAUAACACAACAACAGUACAUGAAACCCUGUCUCUUGGCCAUGGUCACAGUCUCAGGAGGUUGCCAUACUUGGAUGGAUCAUCCCGGAGCCUUUUGCCACACCCCCAACUCGAAUUGUGGUUCCUCCGACCUGAGAAAUGUCAAAUCUUAUAUGAAAAUUUUGCAAGAAACAGAGCACAACUGAGUUUCUUGAGACUACAUGUGAUUCAACUGCCACGCUCUUGCUUACAAGAUCCGUUGUCGUGAUUGCUGUAGCAACAGAAACUGCCAUUUGACUAGUGUUGGAAGUUCUUGGAGAAGCUCUUUCUGCAAAACCUUUACCGGGUUAUGCAAUUUCAUCAGAGCACUUGCACCGAACAAGCCUUUUGAGCACUUCCUGUGGAUUCAUUUUAAGUAGCAAACGGGAACAAUGUUGAAAGAUAUGAGGAGAACAAGAGACACCAAGACAUACCUCCGGGAAGACACCAUAAAAAGUCUGAGGCGCGAAGAAAUGGGGAAGCUUGAGGGAGGCAUGCAUCUCUUUUUAGAACAAUCGCCGGGCUCGACAUCAGGGGAAGCUGCAGAUUUUUGUACUGUUUUGGUCUGGAAAUCGAACAUUAAGCUUGAACCCUAGAGAACAAACGCCGACGCUCCUCCUGCUGCAUCUUCUGUUGUUGCAUACGUCACAAAACAGAAACCCUUUGAUCUCCGGUCUCCCUGUCUGUGAUCACUCUAGCU